AUGGAGAGCUCCCAGGAGGGGCCUGCACCGGCUCAGCAGUCAGGAGGCCGAUGGAUCUGGAUGUUCAUACUUCCGGUGCCUCUUCUUGCAUUUGCCCUUGGCCUGUGGCAACCUGCUUGGCAGCGUUCGGAAGGGGCAGCCCAAGAAGGCCAGGCUUCCACACUGACUUCUGAAUGGACAGAUGCGCCCAGCCAGUUUUCGCGGGCCUUGUCACAGUUGCCUGCAAGAUCAGAGGCUGAGUGGGAGGUUGUGUCAGAGUUCCCGCGCAUCUUCGUGCGAGAUGACUUCUUGAGUUUUGAGGAGUGCAACUUCUUGAAGGAACAGGUGGCUGGCCGCUUGCAGCCGGCCAAAGUCGUGGAGAGAGAAGAGAACAAGUAUGACCAACAGGUCAAUGUCCGAAACAAUCAGCAAAUUUGGCUUGGCUAUGCAGAGGAGAGAGAUACUCCUGUGAUCUCCCACAUCCUCAAGCGGAUGCAUCGAGCAGCCCGCAUUCCUGAUGAUGAUGCCGAGGCCCUACAGAUAGGCCUCUAUGGCAUUGAUGAGAAAUAUGAGGUGCAUCCAGAUUCGGAUCCUAAGAACGGCGUUGCACGACCGGCAACACUCAUCGUGUACUUGAAUGACGUGGACGAAGGAGGCGAAACACUCUUUCCUCUUGGAAGCCGGGCCGAGUGCACAAUGAGAUGGAGACAAGAUGCUGAAGGGAAGCAAAAGUUUGGGAUCCAGAAUUGCUGCGACAGAGAGGGUUUGCUGCGAAUAUCGCCUAAGAAAGGGCGUGCAGUGCUUUUCUUCAACCAUGAUACGGCCGGCGAGAUCGACAUGAUGGCCGAGCACGCGGCAUGUCAGGUGAAAAGAGGCGAGAAGUGGAUUGCGCAACGCUGGUUUCGCUAUGAGCCCUACCAGCGAUUGGUUCACCCUCCUGAUGUCCGCUUUGAUGGCUUGCCCAUGUCAGCGUCGCAGACGCGCUGGACCCGCAGUAUUUCUCAAAAGUCCCCAAGCCUCUUUGUCAUCGAGGAGUUCCUCAGUGUGGAGGAAUGUCAAGCCUUGCUCGAUUUGUUGAAGGAGACGCCAAGCUUCAAGAUCUUCAAGGAAGGUGGUAUGGCAAGACACUGGGUUGACAAAGAGGUGCAACGUCGACUUGAGAAGAUCAUCAAGCGCAUGCAUACAGCUGUCCUCAUGCCGGAGGCCAGCAGCGAGCCCCUUCAGAUUGGUUUCUAUGAGCCUGGGAGCUCUCAAGGUUUCCAUUUCGAUAGCCCAAAGGAUGAGCCAAAUCCUCGCCUUUGGACCGUCAUAGUGUAUUUGGAUGGAGAUGGCAGCUUGGGUGACAACGCCGAAGGAGCAACCAUCUUCCCAAGUGGCUGGUGCAGGUUCAGCUUGGAGGAAUGUUGCAGACUUGGUGCGAAGCAGAUCCACCAGGCAAAGUCCAUCCAUCUUGGAAUGCCAUACCUGGUGCCUCCUGCUCGUGGGCGUGCUUUGCUUUUCAGGUCCUACACAACUGCUGGGGCUCAUGACCCCACAGCACUUCAUGGCUCCUGUGCUGCGGGGCCAGAAGGGAAGAAGGUUGCUCAGAAGUGGUUCCGUGCAAGGCAGCCCUAG